UUUAAUUGUAAUAUAAUAAUCGACUUCAUUGAACUGAGGUCCUAGUGCAUAGAUCUGUUUAGUAAAAGGAAUCAGGUCAAAGACAUAAACGACGCGUGAAAAUGCUGUACGACUAUAGCUUUCAUCUGUCAGAAUUGGUUAUGUACAAAUGUCAAAUUAGGAAAACACUGUGCGCAUAGGCUUUGUGGGGUUUCGCUGGGAUUCGAUGCUUUGUAAAGUAUAUUACAGAAUUUAGCAGGGUCACAGUGCCCUGACAUUUCAAUAAGAAUGAAAAUUUAGUUCAGGUGACGUUACUAGUGAAAACUCAUUCGAAAUAUAUAAAACACAGUGGCCAAUUUGCCCAACCAGUGAUCCCCAAGUAUUUUUCGUGAUUGCUAACGUUUCCCCCAAACAAAUGAGUAUGGUGAACAAGAAGACAAAACCAAUCCCAAUAAAAAACAAACCAACAUCGCUGACAACAACAAAGUCUUCAUCUACUUCGUCUCCAUUCUCAUCUCCGCCAUCCUCGUCCAAUGCGUCACCCGAGCAAACAUCAUCCUCGUCGAAUGUCUCGCCAGCUACAACAAUACAAACACUCGUAUUAGGUCCAAGCAAUGCAAACGAUACUCUGUCCGCAGUGACAUCCUCGAGUAUUGUAGCUACUUCAACGAACGCGUAUUCAGUGACUACUUCAAAGUCAGUCGGAAACUUCCCAGAUGAAACAUCAAGUCGAGCAAAUGGUGCUACGUGUCUGCCAUCGAGCGCCCCACAAUCGGCUCGCAGCUCCGGCGGAAACGGAGUUGUGUUCAAAUUGGAACCGUUCAAUGGUGCACCAGCUAACUCCAAUCAGCACUACAUUUCCUCCGAUAUCUUGGACGAUUUGGCGAGUCGCUUCAUAAUUAACGUGCCGGAUGACGAACGCAACAAUUUGAUACGAAUAUGUUUUCAAAUCGAACUGGCACAUUGGUUCUAUCUUGACUUUUUCUGCGCAAACGAUGAGAAAAAGUGUGGCAUGAAGCAGUUUGCCACGUCCUUGUUCCAGCACAUUCCCUUCCUUAAAGUUCAUCUGGCAACUAUUGAUAAAAUACUGGAAAGUUGGAAACAGUAUAAACUGACCGUGCCGACUUAUGGAGCGAUCCUCCUGUCGGAGGAUUUGACUCAUGUCCUGCUUGUGCAGUCGUACUGGGCGAAAAGCUCGUGGGGCUUCCCGAAGGGAAAGGUCAACGAGAAUGAGGAUCCAAUUCACUGUGCAACACGCGAAGUUUUUGAGGAGACUGGGUACGAUAUAACACAUCUUAUCAUUCAGUCUGACUACAUUGAAUCAAUAAUCAAUGAUCAGUACACGCGCCUAUACCUUGUACGGAACGUCCCCUUUAAAACACAGUUCAUGCCGCGUACACGCAAAGAGAUCAAAUGUUGCGAAUGGUUCUCCAUCGACAUGCUGCCGACGAACAAAAACGAUGCAAACACGAAACAAAAUCUUGGCAUAAAUCCUAAUUCUUUCUUCAUGAUAAUGCCCUUUAUAAAACGUCUUAAGAAAUGGGUGAAUGAUAAACGGACAGGCAACGGAAAUGGCGAUGGGAAUGGUACAGGAACGCAACAUCACAACAAUAAGCUUAAAUUUAACGGACAGUUAUCUAACAGCAUUUAUAACUUUAAUAAUGCAUUAAUGACAAACAAAAAAACAGACACAAAACUUCCUUUCAAAUCAACGCCCACCGGACAAUCUGCGUCAGUUAAUCAGAAUUCUAAUGGGUCAUCCCACAUUUAUCAGGUGACUAUGAAUCAAAAUUGUAUUACCAACAAUAACAAAUUGUCAGGUAACAAGCGACAGCGACACAAAUCAAUGGGAGACAUUGAUGGCAUGAUGAAAUCCAAUAAUACACAGGUUUUAAACGGUUUCUAUAAUAAUCUACGAUUUGACUUCAAUAAUGCAGGAAAGCAAUAUCCUGUAUCGAACAUAUUCAACGACCUAACAUCAGCGAAUUUGGUAUUUGGUAACAAUUGCGAGUCGAAUGAGCAACAGCGCGAGAAACAUUCAAAACAAAGUGUUAGACGACAGAAGUCAACAGGCGGUAACUUUAAUAAGGUCAGUGAAUUGUCGGGUAAUUCAGUGUUUAUUGAAUCCACCUCACUGACAACGACGACAAUUUCCUCUGUGGGAGGGACAUCCAGUAAUGGAAACAACAAUGACUCAAAGCCCUCCUCAGUGUCUACAAUAACCCUCAAAUCCUAUCAUGAUGGUUUCGUGAAGGAGAGUAAUAUAGAUAUGGGCGUCCAACUACAACAGCCGAAGUCGCCAAAGUGCAACAAUGUCAUCAAUGGCAUCUAUUACACAUUCAGCAACAAAAACAGCGGAAAUCAUAACCUGAGUUUAAAAGAAACUGCAGCAAACAAUGGGGAACCAGGUAGUGACAACAAUUCGGUGCAUCAGAAGCAACAAAACAAACAACUUCGGACGAACAACGUCAAAAAGGAGACAGUGAUCCCAUCAACAUCAAUAUCAGCAACAACUUCGACGACUACACCAAAGAUCAUAAGGACACGAACGCGGAAAUCAAACUUGACUAGUAUGACAGGGGCAUCGAGAGCUGCUUUAAAUUCAUCGUCAUCACCGCCAGUCACAAAAUCCUCGGGCGUUUUGAAACCAAGUCCCAAUUUCAAUGCAUGGAAGGAUUUCUCAUUCACGAAAAAUUGCAUAGCAAAUGUUUUCUGCUAAAAUGUUGGGUAGACUUCAACAAGAAUGCACUGGUAAGCGAGGACAUCGUAACCAAAAGAGGUUCCGAACAAAUCACAGCAUUUUCAUAGCAUUCUUAAUUUAUUCGGUGAAUUUCGUUAUGAAGGAGUGGCGUAAAAACGAAAUUUACAGCUCUUUUAAUUAAGACUUUGCUUCCGAGGCCUUUUUUGGCUUUUUUUCGCUCUUAUAGAUUAUUGUAUUGGCUUAUUAGCUUUCAUCAUGUUUUUAGUCUAGUUUUUUAGAAAGUAAGAAGAAAAAAGUUGCAGUUCUAUAAGUGAUUUAAAUGAAAUCUUCGAUUCCGAUCACUGAAUCUAUCUAUCAUGGUUUUUUUUGGGCAUUUUGCCGGAAUUUUAGUUUUAUCGACAUAUUUUGUUUUUCUUCUAAGAAAACGAUCAAUAGUUUACAAGUAGUGAGAUAAGAAGAAAAUGUCUUAAUUAUAAGAUAAAAGAUCAUUGAUUUUUUUUGCACAAUA